CAACCCAAACGGGCAGUUUCACUCCGCUGAUUGCAACGAACGGCUCGCUUGGAAAUGGAUUCGCACACCUUCGUCCUAUUGCUGCUCAUUGGGUGCCUCUGCCUGAUGGCAGGAUCCUGGGUGGCAGCUGCUCCCGCCUGCAGCGGUGGCUUCUAUUCGAGGAACGGCAACCUGGUCAUCGAUAUAAAUAAUUUACAAUCUCACCUGAACUGUGUUGAGAAUCAGCAUCAGAGGCGGGGAUAGCACUUGCCGAUUGAACUAGAAAUGUGUCAUUAUUAAGGGCACUGUGAAUAAAAUACUUUAAACAAA